AUGGACGGCGUCUGGCUGUCGCUCCCCAAGCCCAAGGCGCUGCUGCACGAGCUUGAGGCCGAGUUGCUGGCAUACUCGCCCGAGGAGCUGGUGCGCAUCGCCAACGAGCAGUUUCGGUGGUGCGACGCCGAGAUGAGGCGCCCAUCGCGCGAGCUCGACAGCGACGACUGGAAGCGGCCAUGGAGCGCCAACUUCGUGCGCGAGCACCAGUGCACCUACUUUGUCGGCGCGCUGCAGCUGUUUGAGCUGCGCCGGGAGGCGGUGCUGCAGCAAGGGAAGAUGACGACCAGGCCUGCCACCCACUCCCAGGCAGCGGAAUGCUCUACCAGCGAAUCCCCCACCCCCAAAGCUCCUGUCCCAGCGUACUCUCCGACCUGGAACUGGCGGCAUUGCCUUGGUGUCACUGGCUCCUCGCCCUGCGAUCGAUCACCGUCGGCACCUCUAGAGGCUUGGUAG